GGGAGGUGGCCUGAGAUAGAUGUCUCAGUGAGUUCAAUAUGGCUGCUACCAUGGAGGGAGACCCGGAACGAAACUCGCGUUCCUAAAGUUUCUGUUGCAUUAGGUCAAAACAUUUUGCAGACUGUUUUUUCGUGCAAUUGCCGUAGUGAAAUAACUAGUCACGAUGAGUAUCAAGGCUUUUGAGCUCGUUUCUGCUAUAGAACGAGUGAAGUUGAUGUCCGACAAAGCGAAAACACAGAUUGAGUGUAUGGACGUAUGUGGCAAAAAUAUGUACAUUGGAACAAGUGACUGCUUUGUGGUGCAUUACAGUAUAGAAGAAAAGACACAGCCAAAUGGAAGAGUAACCUUUGUCUCAGAGAAACAAGGCCACAAAUACUUGGUUGUGAAAAAGCCAAUUGCUCAAUUACGAGCUGCAUCUGCCCUGAACAGAAUCAUGGUGCUGUGUGACAACACACUGACUUUACUUAAUAUGUUUGACCUGGAGCCAAUCGUCACAGGAGCCAAGAUCAAAAGUGUUACCUGUUUCUGCAUUAAUGAUAAUCCUGUCCGCACCAACCCUUUCAGCGUGGAGAUCUGUGUAGCCUUGAAGCGAAAGUUGAUCCAGUUGUACACAGUGACAGAGGACAGACUGAUGCACCUACGAGACAUCUCACUGCCAGACCAGGCAUUGGCUGUGGGUGUCGAUGGCAAGUUUGUGUGUGCAGCGCUGAGCUCCCAGUACUGUGUGGUGGACACGGAUAACAGCCAGUUCACCGACCUUUUCCCCAUUGACUCGGAUCAGAUCAAGCCCAUCAUUAAAAGAAUUAGUAAAGAAGAGUUCCUGCUCAGUGGUCCUAGUGCUCUGGGCAUUUUUGCUACCUCCGCCGGCGUCUCCCAACGUCCACCCAUGCAAUGGUCAGACGGGCUUACAUCGGUUAGCUAUGUCCAUCCUUAUAUUCUGGCCAUGAACGAUGAGUUCAUCACAGUUCACAGCAUUUUGGAUCAACAACAAAAACAAGCCAUCCCUUUUCAAGGAGGAGUUGUUCUUGGCGACUUUGAUGGACGCAUCUUUGUAGCUUCCAGUCGGGAGAUCUACUCUCUGGUUCCAAUUCCUUUUGAAAAACAGAUUCAAGCCCUCCUAGCAGACAAACGAGUCAACGAAGCUUUAGAGUUAGCAAAAAAUGCCAACAAGACCGGGAUGACACGAGACAAGUUUGUAAAGAUGUUCAAAAGAAUUCAACAGCAAGCUGCUUUCAUUGAGUUUUGCCAACAGCACUUUGAGGAAGCAGGACAGUUGUUCCGAGACAGUGGUAUUGAUGUCAGAGAGAUCAUCAGCCUGUACCCUCAUGUCUUACCCAAGAGCAUCAAUUUCACUCGCUCAGUGCCGCCUCUGCACGAGAUUGCCGAUAUCAACCAACUAUCCCGCUCUGACGAGAAAGUCAAGGCGGCUUACAAAGAAUUUCUUCGAACAUUUUUAGAGGACAUCAGGGGCACAAAUUUAGCACACGGCUACAAAAGGGAAGUCGAUGUGGCAUUACUGAAACUGUAUGCGGAAUCGGCUCCAGAGCGCCUGUGUGAACUCAUCUCCGUAGAUACUGGCUGUGAUUUGGACGACUGUGUAGAGUGGCUGGAGAGACACGGGAGGCUGCAUGCUCUAGGACUGUUGUACCAGAGACAUGCCGAGAACGACAAAGCCCUUGCUGUCUGGACCAGAUUGGCAGAUUCUGACAGUCCAGAUCCAACAUUCCCUGGUCUGGAGUUUGUGGUGGAGUUUCUUUCCAGCCUGACAGACCAUGAGCUGCUGUGGAAGUACGUGGACUGGGUGCUGGAGAAAGAUGAAGAGUUGGGAGUGCGGAUAUUUACAGAACGUCCAGCCAGUGAGGCCCAGUCUGAGCGUCUGAGACCAGAGACAGUUGUAGACUACUUACAUCGCUUCCCUCGGGCAGUCAUCACCUAUCUGGAAUUCUUGGUUUUCCAGCGUCGGCUUGAGAAAGAAAAGUACCACACCCACCUGGCUGUGCUGUACCUGGAGGCAGUGCUCAGACUGAUGGAAGGAAACAGUGUCAAGAAAGAAGAGCUGGACAUCGCAAGGUCCAAACUUCGUCACAUGCUACAGAUGUCCAGUUUAUACAGGGUUCAACUCAUCUUGGGAAAAGCCAAAGAGAAAGACAUGCAUGCCGAGUGUGCUAUCCUGUAUGGCAAGCUGGAAGACCAUGACAAAGCUCUGCGUAUACUGGUCCACAAGCUCAAGGACUUUGGCGCGGCUGAGAACUACUGCCAGGUCAAUUCUCACGGGAAGGAGCCCGGAUACAGGAAACGGCUGUUCCACAUCCUGCUGAGUGUUUAUCUUGACCCCAGCUAUGAGCGGAGAGACACCUUGGUGGCCCCUGCCAUGGCUCUGCUCAAUAGCUCUGUGGCUGAGUUCGACACCGUUAAGGUCCUUCAGCUUCUGCCUGACAGCUGGUCUGUCGGGCUGUUGGCUCAGUUCCUGACCAGGGCUGUCCGCAGCAGCAUGCACAACAGCCGCACCACUCGGAUCCAACGCAUGAUGGCCAGGGGAGAGAACCUGCAGGUCAAGCAGACAUUCAUUGAGUUGCAGAGAGACGCCAUUGUUAUGAACGAUGAGAGAGCCUGUGCAGUGUGCAAUAGAGCCUUCAACGACCCCAGUUUUGUCCGCUACCCCAAUGGAGUGGUCACCCACGUGCACUGUGCCAAGAACAAGUACAUCUGCCCGGUGUCCGGGAAGCUCUUCAGUGCUGGAAGGACAAGAUGACCCCUGUAGACAUGUAGCAGUGGCUGUGGAUAGGUCUUUCUUUGUGCUCAUCUUGCUUUCUGCCGCCGCUUUGUUAAUUUGAACCACGUGGACUUCUAUGAUUAUUGUCUUUGUGCCGGCCGCAGGAUAUGGCUGUGUUCUGGUGCAGAACAUGGGGUUAAUACACCAGUUGUUGUCUUCGCACUGUUGGAUUGUAGCAUACGGUAAUGCUUAUAAUAAUCUAACACAAAGCAUCUGCCCUUGGGCACACAUCGGUGACAGUUGAAGGGUUGUUGUAUGCUUGCUGAAGAAAGUAUUUUCUGAAAAAGUGAGAUUUGGAGGUUGUGUGUAAAUAUAAAAUGAUGCUACUGAAAAAAUACUGGGAGUUGUGUGGGAUAAAACAGGAUAAACAACAGGAUGAGCAAAUGCUUAAUGCAAAUGUGUGAUGAAUGUUCAUGUGUUUGUAUUUUAGUGUUGAAGACAUACAAUAGUUGCGAGCGCCGUAAAACCUCUACUAUAACGAAGACAUACAAGUUCUUGAAUAGGUUUUAUUUUGGUAUGGGAGAAAAUGGGAACUUGUUUCUAAUUAAAGCAGAUGAUUGGAUGGCGCCAUGGCACUGAAGGGGGUGGGAUUUAACUAAAAAGAGAUACGUUGAUUGGAUAGUAGUUGUACUGGUGUUUAUGGAGUAAUAGUCUUUUUGCAUUCUGUGUGAAAAAUGUGAGCUUGAUUCCAAUAUGUAGAAAUUUUUUUUAUCAAGUUUGUUUUUAUGAAGGGAAUUAGUGUCGAAAACAACAGGGGAUAGCCUUUACAAACUAUGGGUAAAAGCAGCCUCUUUUUAUGUGAUGUUAAUUGUAUUGAUGGAACCAUAGAACAGCUAGGAUUAUUUACAGUCAUAGUCGAUAAUAAUUACACAGAACUUAGAACUGGGAGUAAGCAAAGCAUCCAACAAAUGUACCAGGUGGACUGGAAAGACCCUUGACUUUCAUGUCACUUACACACUUGAUGGAUGGAAGGCAGAGGGAAGAAAAGUUUGAUGUGUUGUUGAGAUGGAAGGAUUUUAUGCUCAUUUUUUAGGCUAGUUUCUUUUUAGUCACGCAAGGAACAAGGAUGAGAGUAUUGUCCCAGAACAAGAGUAAUGUUUAGAUGUGGGCAAGUGUUAGGAAUGAGUCGAGGAUGAGAGUCAGUUUGUAGAGUUCCAUAACGUAUUUAGUAGUUGUGAAGACUGUAAAUGGUACUGUUGUAAGUGUGGACACAGUAUGCAAACUUUGUAAUGCUUUAUAAGGAAAGAAGAGUAAUUUGGCAUGGUUUGAUUUAGGAUUGAGGAAAGAUGGUGAGGUUGGGGGUGUUCAUUGAAACUUAGAUUGCAAUUUUUAAAAAUAUCAUGUCUAGUGUCUUCAUGCCAUGGUUUAAUUGUGAACUGUUUCAUCCAUAGCUUUGUAAAAAUAUUUAUCUGAGAUGAAGCCGAGUUCUUGAUUAGUAUGCAAUGAUGAAGAAGGCCAAUGUGACGCCCAUGUCCACAGUUUUACUAUUGUUGUUGGAGGAUGGGGGGAGCAGGAGACUAGACCAAGUUGCACAGUCUCCCCCUACUAGCUUGUUUCAUCUCAUGUGUGUGUUAUCUUGAUUGCCGUACAUACCCUCUUCAUUUCAAUCUCCUUUGACACUAUUUUUGCCUUAUUUAUUUUUCUACUAAUUAGUUUAAUACUUUCGUAAAUAAUGAAAAUAAAUCUCUUAAAGUGUAUAUCUGAACUAUGUAUAGUUGGCUAAUGAGAUUACAGGAUGUUACCCUCAACAGUGGCAUACUUGACUGACAGGAAAGGACCCACUGUUAAUCAUGUUGAUCAUAACCAUCACAUUCCUUUGCUUGUAUUAUACAUAUUUUGUUGAAUGUUUGAUUAAGUCUUCAAAUCAUUUUUAAGAGAAAUGUGAAAUCAUGUGCUUUUAUUUAAGUUUGUACGUAUUUACAAAUAAUAUGAAAUCAGUGCUUUAGUGUUAUGAUAACUACAUAUAGUAUGUCUUCGUGAACUAGCAUGUCGGCAUGUUUUGGGUGUAAUUUUGGAUUCACUGGUGUUCGAAAAUAUCUACUUGCUCAAGUUUUUCCGAUUUGGUUAAGAUUUAAAUCAGUAUGAAAACACAGAACUGCUGUCGCGAAAAUAUGAAUGUGUAGAAAAUGAAACUGAAAUUCUACAGAAGACAAGCGUUAACCAAAAUAAUUUUGAGUGCUAAGGGAAGAUUUUUCGACAGCCUUGACAGUUGUGACAAAAACUCCCAAAAAGUUAGAAAUUGGAGUUAGUGCAAGAAAGCACCACAUAAUCUCGAAUAGAGCUUCACUGCUUUUUUUUUGUUGUACCAAUGAGUGUCUAUUGUCCUGGUUAGUCAUACAUGUAUAGUGGAACCUUCUCUAGUGACCAGCUGUCCAAGACAACCACCAAUAUAAAUAACCUUUUCCAACCCCUCCCCCCCCUAUGCAUUAAAAAAAAUCUAUUAUCAUGACACUGUCUAAGAGGAUCACUAGUCUAAGAUGAACACAUUUCUUCUCUGCAUGAGGUGUUCCUUAUGGACAUGUUCCGCUAUAUUUUCUUUCUUCCCAUUUUUUAUUUUAAAAUACUUUAUUAUUCUCUGCCAAGUGAAUAGAAAGCGAUAACAAAGCAAAAGUUACCCUGAUUUUCUUAACAGUUCAUAUCUUAUGUAGGGAUAAACACACAAUUUUUUUUUAAUGAAAGAAAAUGUUGGGGGACAUUUGAUCUUUCUGCUCAUCUUUUGCUGAUGACUUGUUUCUUCACAUGUGCAAAAAUUAUUUGAAGUUCAUAAGACUUUGUACUUUACAAGUCAUAUAUAGUGAAGCAUUUUCAUUAUGUCUUGUAGGACUUUUAAAUUAGUGCCAGUAGACUUGACAUUGACAAGCAGACGCACACACUUACACGCGAACACAAGCACACACCUGUGUACUGUGAUCCGUUGGCCGAUAAGAAUGAUGCCCCUCCCUCCUUCCCUGAUCGUCUUACAUGACACACAGAUUUCAAAGAGAGGAUUUUUUCUGUCUUUUACUGUGUCUUUGUCAGAUGCUUGGUUAGUUUUUUGGGGGUCGAUGUGUGCAAGACUUACUCCCUUGUUGAUUACCAAAGAUAGAUCUUCAGAAUUCCCCAGUGAAGUAGUUUUGCAUCCUCUCAGCCUUUUGCGGUUAUCAAAUUUGACUGUUGAAGUUAUUUACUAUGUUGUUAAGUUGGUUGUUAUUUAUUUUCUGUUGCUUUGUUUGAAAAGUCAUGUCUUGAACAGAUGUUUUAGUGUAAAAAUGUGGUGGAGAAAUUAUAGAGAAAGAGAUGAGAAAGGAGGGAGAAUGAAAUUCAAGUCAAGGAAGAGAUAAAGAGAAGAAUGAAGAAGAGGGAGAUUGUGUAUGUUUGCUUGUGCAUGGAUGCAUUUUGUAAUCAAUGGUUUUUAUAAUUCAUAUGUUCCUUUAUAGCUUCAGAUUCCAUAUUUAUGACCAUAUAACUUAGCCCUGUCUUCAGUAUAUAAUAGACUCCAGAUAGAGGUUAGAAAAGUAAUGUCAGAAGUGAAUACCCUAGAUGUUGAAAUUUUUAGCCUUUUAAAUUUUAUUUCUUACCUAACUCUUUUUGCACCAUGAUCUGUCACCACUAGGUCAUAUGGAGCAGUGAAGGGUGAUGACACCUAUUGGUGAUUGGCACAGAUAUUGUGAAAUGUUGAGUCAAUGUGCUACACAUUGCUGAAGCUCCUGGUUGUGGGUGGUUUUAAUUAAUUCCGUAGAGGAAGAGCUACCUUGUAUCCUGAAUUUCAUGAGACAGUUAUUUGAGAAGCAUCGCUCUUUUUCCUCUUAAAGUCAUAGGUGUUCAGCUAAAUUGUAUUUUCUCAAUGUUUUUGUUUUUUUUAAUUAAAAAAAGCAUGUAUACUGAUACACAUUUAUUGGCCAAUGUACGGAGACGUUCAUGUUAUAAGAGAAGUACAUUAAUACAGUAGCAGUCUUUUGGUGCUAGAAAAAAGACUGAAAGAACAGGCAAAAGCAAGAGAGGGAUGGUAAAAUAGUAAGAUGUCAGCCUCCAACCACCCACAGGGGUUUGAUGAAAACUAAGAUAGCUUUAGAUUUAUUUUGGGAGGAUGGCUUAAGAGUUCCACACCUAUCAGACUCGAGUAGGUUUCCCUGAUGUUGAAAUCUGCAACUAAGAGGUAAUAGUAAAAAGGAAGGAAUAGGGAAAGGACGAGAGAAUUGCUUAAAAGUAUAUGUGUGGAACACUUAAUUCGUUGUUGCUGUCAUUAUUUGUAGUCUGUUGGAGAUCAGAGCAAGUUGGUGAAAUAAUGGACACGUUUCACCAGGAGCGAAAAGAUCAGGACAAUGCAGACCAAGCUUUAUUAGAGCCAUGUACUCAUUGUGAGGUAAUGUCUUUCUUUUCAAUUAAAGAAAACAAUACCAUAGAUUACUGAAUGUACUUUUAAUUUUCCCGUUUGUUAUUGACAUAUUUCCCGUCGUUUUCCUCUCUGUCCACUUUCCUCUGCCUAUACUUUUGCUGUCUAAGUAGUAGUUAUGUUCUUGUAUGUGAUAUGUAUAUAUGUGGAUACUCAAGUUGAAAAAGAGAGGUGCAAUGUGAAUUUUGUGUUUUUGUCACAUCAGUCCUGUCUUAAGCUCACAUGAGGUGCUUUAUCUUUAUAUCACCACUCAGAACGAAUACUGUUAUAUGUUAAAGAGGUAAAUGGGUUUUUUUUCAGGAGGCUGUAAAACUAUUUCGUGUUAAGUCUUGUUAUUGUUUUCUUUGUUUCAGAAUCACAGUGUGCUGUCUUUGAAUUAAAUGCAUCCUGUUAUUGUAUCGUUCUGAUCACAGAAUGUAGAUGUCUAAGACUGAUGGUAUCUUAACAUAUAGCAGUAUUGUUUCCCCAGAGGUGAAAUGAAAUUGUGCAAUAUGGCCGUUGCCUGGGCCUUUUCUCACAGAUUGUGCUCAAUAUGUGAUGUUGUUAUACAUGUAGUAGGCAAGAGGAAGAGUCUGGCUGUUAUCCAUUGUUGUGUAAAGUUUCAAAAAGCUGCAUAGUGGUUCCUUAGUAUGGUGUACAUUUAUUGAAAAUUGUUGUGCUUUGAAAUUUAAAUGUAACGUAUGGAAAAACUGCAUUGUGAUGUGUCAGUGUGGUGUUUUUAGUUUUGAAUUGUUGCAUUGUGAAGAGAAAAUGUACAAAGGCCAAACCGAACCUCUUGCAGACAUUUUCCUAUGGUUUACCAGCUCGUAAUAAUGUAUGAAUUGUUAUGUCAGCUGUUUGAGUUGCCUGUUUGAUCAAGUACUGCCAGAUGAUAAUAGUAUAUAAUAAAUACAUUCUGUAAAAUGUC